ACGACCGGCACGACGCGGAGGAAGAAGAAGAAAAGAGAGACGAGUGUUCGGUGAAGCCUACCGACCGGCUAUUUGGAACACGGCCGAUCAGUUCCUUCGGCGCCUUCGCACCGUGGACGCGGACACGCUAACGUACUUUGUCGCCGAUUUCGAAGCCGCGCUUCUCCCGUGUGGCCGAGGCUAUAUAAAGAGGCGCCGAAGAAAAGUCGAAGCGCGACGAGUGUGUUUUUCGGGCUUCUCGCGAAAUUGCCGCCAAACCUUGUGUAAAAAUCGUCUGCGAAGAGGCGGAUACACGCUCGAUCCUCGGAGGAUGCUCCGUCCGACGAUUCGGGGUGGUUCAUGCUAGAGCUCGGGGAUGAUCGGUUCUUCUCGUUGAAAAAACCCGCCGGCGAUACUAGACGGCUUUGCGACGAUAGCGCGGGAUACCAGCAGCGGUGGCAUUAUGUCGGAGGGUUGCACGAGUUGCAGAGGGGCGAAUUACGCGGGCGGCACUUUGCAGUUGGGCACGACUUCCGGUGGCAACACCGGAAGCUCGUCGUCCGCUCCUGGAACGACCUGUACGACCACGACGAGAAGGGUUCAGGUGCGUGCCAAGGUGCUCUACGGCACCGGCAAGGCGAUAGCGAGCUUACAAGCGCAGGAGAAAGCCGCCCGCCACUGACGAGCGUCGUCUUCUCCCUCCUCUCGUGCCCCGCGUUGUCAUCGAAGCCAGGGAACGAAAACGGCAAAGGGGAGUCGUCCCACGUCAAAACUCAAACGUCGAGUCUCCAAGUUACAAUUUCCGGCAAGAUCGAGCGAUCGCUUUCCGCGUCAACGGACACUACAAGGAAAGGAGUAAAUAUUUCAUCAGACUACAAUCCCUUAAGCCGAAGUAUCCAGGAAACCAAGGCAAAUAACAACGCUACGUAUCCUGUCGAAGCAACGCGACCGAGGUACGUGCACGAGUCGGCCGCGAGAGAGACAGAGGCAGCAACGGAUGUAAUACAGCCGGAAGACUCUGGCGGAAUCACGUACGUUGCCGCGAAAGGGUCGAAGCAGACACGAAAUGGAAUCCGACAUGAAUUUUUGAACGUAUCGCGUAUCUCUGAAAGCUCUGCCGUAACGAGUGCAGUCGAAGUAGAAAAGGAGGACAAAGUGGGAAAUGAGAAAAGUCAAGAGACGGAAAAGAAGCUCGCGAGCCGAGAGGAGCUUUUCGCGAGAGUAUCGCUGAGAAACGCGACGAGACCGACGACGCCGACUAACGCGAAGAGCAACGCGCCGCGCGAAAGCGCGUUCGUCGAGGAGCCCGGAGAGAGUCCGAGCCGACUAACCGACGCAACCGUGGGUCUACACGAGUCCGCUGGUCUGGCAUCUGGAAGUUAUGGGGUGGAGAGUCGCACCAACUACGAAGGAGAGUGGCAACCCGGAGAGGACGAUCUCAUGGAGGCUGCGAAUUUCGGCCUGCGAGCCAUGCACAACCUCUAUUACGUCCAGGAGCCUAAACUGUACUCGAUGGGUCUUUAUCUGAAGAGGGACGAGCCGGCGAGAUACGUGGCGGCGUUUAACGACCAGUCGGAGGAGGCGAGAAACUUGGCGAGAUUCGGCUACGCGACUCUUCAAGGCACCGCCAUGUACAUGAAGAAGUUUCCCGGCGCGCCGUUGGAAUUGCCUUUAUCCCGGAGCACUCGAAGAACCUCUUUGGAGCAACAAUGCCCGCGACGAGGAACACCCCAAUGCCCGCCAGCCAGCUUGAGAUACAGGACUUCCGACGGCAGCUGCAAUAAUCUGAGGGAUCUCUGGUGGGGCUCCGCCAUGUCCACGAUGCAGAGGUUUCUGCCGGCGAUAUAUCACGACGGUGUUCAGAGCGUGCGAAGGUCGACGAGCGGAAGGCCGCUCCCGAGUCCGCGAGACAUCAGCGGCUUGAUCCACGAGGAUCAAGACAUACCUCUCGCUUCCGUUACACACAUGCUGAUGCAGUGGGGGCAGUUUGUGGAUCACGAUUUGACAGCGACCGGACAGAGCAGGGGGUUCAACGGCACAGUGCCGCAGUGUUGCUUGCCAGGUGGCGCCGGCUUCCAACCACCAGAGUUUAUGCACCCGGAGUGCUUGCCGAUCGCGGUGAGUCUACGCGACAGCUUCUACGGUCCCCUAGGCGUGAGAUGCCUGGAGUUCCUCAGAAGCGGGCCGGCCCCAAAGGAGGGUUGCGAAUUCGGCCCGAGGGAGCAGCUGUCUCAGGUGACCAGUUACUUAGACGCCUCGAUGGUUUACAGCAGCAACGCCCUGCAGAGCGACAGUCUGAGGCUAUUUCGCAGCGGCUUGCUGCAGUACGGAAGGAUUCAGUCGCUCCGCAGACCUCCGCUGCCGAAACGCGAGUCCGAUCUGUGCAAACUCGGCUCCCUGUCGACGACUUGUUUCCGAGCCGGCGACGGGCGACUCAGCGAACAACCGGCCCUCACGUCCUUGCACGUGGUCUUCCUGAGGCUGCACAACAGGAUAGCCACGGAGCUGUCCGCGCUCAACUCCCACUGGAGCGACGAGAAACUUUUUCAAGAGACGCGAAGGAUCGUCGGCGCCGUGGUUCAGCACAUAACUUAUCGAGAGUUCUUGCCGAUCAUUCUCGGUCCCCAGGUGAUGAGAAUCUUCGACCUGGAGGUCCUGAAAAAAGGCUACUACGAGGGCUACGACUCAACCGUAAAUCCCAACAUCGCGAACGCCUUUUCCACGGCGGCUUAUCGAUUCGGCCACUCGCUAGUUCAGCGAAGUUUCGUGAGAUUCGACAGCGAUCACAGGCCUUUGUUUAACAAUGUCUCGAUCCACGACGAGUUCAGGAACCCGGUGAACCUCGAGACUGCGGGCUCGGUCGACCGUCUCGUCCUGGGCCUGGCGAAUCAGCCGUGUCAACGGAGGGACGAAUUCAUAACCGAGGAGGUGACGAAUCACCUCUUCCAGACUCCCGGCUUCGCGUUCGGCAUGGACCUGGCCUCUCUCAAUAUUCAGAGAGGUCGGGAUCACGGUCUGCCGCCUUACGUGCGAUGGCGCGAGCCCUGCGGCUUGUCGCCGAUAAGAACCUUCGAGGAUCUCGACAGAGUGAUGUCGCCGAGCACCAUGGCGAAAUUCCGAUCGCUCUACUCGUCGGUGGAGGACAUUGAUCUCUUCCCGGCCGGCUUAGCGGAAAGAUCGGUGGUCGGCGGCCUGGUCGGCCCUACUUUCGCCUGCAUAAUCGGCCAGCAAUUCAGCAAUCUGCGACGCGGAGACCGAUUCUGGUACGAGAACCCCGAAAGCGAAAGCAGCUUUACCGCGGGCCAGCUGCAGCAGAUUCGACGAGUCACUCUGGCACAGGUGCUGUGCAAGACGUUGGACACCAUCGAGACCAUACAACCGUUCGUUUUCCUCGCGACCGACACGUUGAAGAACCGACGUCUCUCGUGCGAGGAUCCGACUAUCGGCCAAUUGGACCUCGAGUUUUGGGCCGAACGGUCGUUCAGACACAACGUCGAUGACCCGCAAACGAAGACGAAACGAACGGCGAGCGACUCUCUUUCCGUCUCCAGAUCGAAGGAGGAGAAGAACACGAAUAUAAGGAGACAGAGCAAUCGGGAGCAGAUCACGCUGCCUCAGAAGCCCUUUACGAGCAGCAUUCACCAGAGCAACAAAAUCGUCGUGAAGAGACCCAUCGGGCGACCGGAAAACGUGUCGAUUGUGGUGCACAACAACGCCGUCAGUGCGCCCGUCUUCGUCAACGACGGUAUCUACGGAUCGAACAUCAGGAUCAGGCAACAGCCUACCGUCAAGCCGACUUCCGCGUUCAACCAAGGUGUGAGUAACUAUCCCGUGCAUCGACCGCCGACGAAACCUAUACCGACGACGAUUCCGCACUCGGCUUACCUGUACGUGCCUCAGGCUUACAACGACCCCAACAACCCGAAUCCGCUCGUUUAUGGUUACAAGUCACCCGUCUCGCAAAGUGCCGUCUUCUACGACAACUAUUCCCCCAGCAGCCCCAGGCCCACUCUGUACACUUAUUACACGAACUUUCAGCAGAAACCGACCACUCAGACGCCGAAUCACGAGGUCGAUGGUUACUUGCUCAACUACGGAUCCCCGCAUCACGAGCAAGACUCGUUCCCGGCGCAUCACGCGUACGACAGACCAAAGCCUGGCCAAGUAGCGAACUCGGGACACCCUUACGAGCCGAAUACUGAACAGAGGCCGCCGCAAAAACCGAGUUCUAAACCGAGCUACGAAUCCUCGAACGACGAAUCGUAUCACAAACCAGGUUACAGCGGACUGAAGCCCCCGACGAUCUCGCGGCCGAGUUUCGGCUCGAACGACCAGCCGUAUCACGGGCAAAAUUCGGAUUAUCUACCUAGUAGACCUAGACCGACUUCGGCGAGCGCGUCGCGACCGAGCGACCAGUCGUACGAUACGCAGAACGGCCGACCGAGCGAGGAUUAUAGCGCUAAUUCGAACCAACCGCAACGUCAAGAUCAGUGGAACUUGAACGGCCACCACAAGAGACCGUACGAUUACGACGAUCCUGACGCGUAUCAGAAGAGACCCAAGCCUCAAAGUGGACCCUACGCAAACUCUGGAACGAACAUCCCUUCCCAUCCCCAAGAAGACGCGGCGCCGAGCAACUCGUACUGGCAAGGAUCGACUUUGAGCAACAACUACGGCAAGUACCCCGAUGCUACUUUGACUUAUCAAAGCAGCACUCCGGCUCAGAACGAGCCUUUCGAGUCGCAUAGCUCCUCGUUCUAUCAGAAACCGACGACGAGUCGACCUGUUUAUCAGGAAGGUUCUCCAGCACCUUAUUCGUCGCCUUAUCCAAAAGAAUCGAUCGACAAACCCCUUCCUGCUGCGAACCUAUACGAGGAAACAAACUCUUAUAAAAAUCCCAAUAACCCAAAUGAGCAGUCGCCAUACAGAGACAUUACGCAUCAGAGUCGACCAACCCCGACUACGUAUUGGUCAGAAGUCUCGACGCUCCAAAUGCAAAAGCAAGAGGGAUCUCUGAAGCCGAGGCCGAUCAAGGUGCAAAGUGUCACGAUCGUCACUGAGGCGGUUGAAACCGUUCACCAUCCUGGCCACUCCGGAUACAUAUCUCAGUACAAGGUCACCAGCGAGGUCCCAAUGCCAUUGAAGCAGCAGACGAAGACUACUAAUGUGCCGGUGUUAGUCCGGAAACCAGGGCAGUACUAUUACGAGAAGAACGUGCUGCAUCGAUACUCGGGCGAGGGUAUGCUCGAGCAAAUCCCCAAAAGCAAUCAUCACUAUUCGACGGACGACAACGUCGCCGAGGAGACGCUGGCUCAGGACCGAGGACUGUCGCGCGAGAAGAUUGCCGCGGAAGCGACUACCGAUGAUUCGAUCACCAACGUUUCCGUGGCGGAUUCGAAAACGACCGAACGCGAGGAAAGUAAAUCAACGACCACGAUGACGUCCACGCUCGUUACGACCAGCGGUUACGAUAUUAACGGAGAUGACGUGGUGGACGACCUCGAAGGCGCUUUCUCGGCGGUUGUCGGCAACGUUGCAUCGCUCGAUGUUCCCGACAGGAUGAGUCAUUGGGUGAAUACGCAAGAAGACCCGAAUUUAUCGUCGAUGAUAGAAAUGCCCGGAAUUCUGUCCGACGAGUCCGCGAGCGCAGCCAAGGAAUUACCCAAGCCCAUUAAAUCGGGGAGCCACGCUGCUUAAAGUUCCGCGCUUCUUAAUUCGUCCUCGGUACUUUUGAUUCCCGGAUGAAAUUGCUGGAAAGUUUUCCAGUCGCCGCCUAUACUCUUAUCUUUUUACCGAGUACGAGUUGUCGCUGUGCGUCGCGAGAGCGCGGGAAUGCAGAAUGCACGGCGUAAGCGGAGCAUUACGGAGAAUUUGUUAAUAUUUUAAGACUUCGUUCUCUUAUUUAAGAACCGUAAGUAAAUGCGCAUUAACACGCGCUCGCUAAAUUAUCUUUUAUAUAGCCAGCUGUAUCGAAUUGUAUCGAGAAACAUGCAUUUUACAUGCGUGUGGGGGGGGGGCUUUUACUUUUACGUAAAACGAUGAGUAUUUUCACGAGCAAUUCAUUUUCCGUUAUCGAUCGUUAUCACGCCGCGCGUGAUAGAUAGAUUAUAAACGAUGACAAAUUAAUUGAAUUGGCGUGAUCGUCAAGUGAGAUUAAACUACCCAUACACUUUGAAUUUGGUCAGCUAAUUCGGUCACGUGAAUAAGUCGGCGCGACACGCAUCGAAAACGAAAGAAUACUUAAUCACAUUGUUACGUGCUCAGAGGAUGACGUGAAGGUAAGUUGGGGCAGAUUUUCACGUCAAGCCGAAAGAGGCAUGCGAAUACGCCUGGAAUUAGCGUGUGCUAUUUUUAGAUACGGUUUUUCAUGGCAUUACAUUCCUCGUACUUUAUGUAACUUUAUGCUUCAGCUAUCAUAAAAAAUCACCGCUAUCGAUUAAGCGUCUCUCUCACCAUCGUUAAUAUUAUAUUAACGAAAUAUAUUCAGAAGCAUGGCACGAUUAUGUUAUCGCAAACAUGUUUCAUAUUUAUUUCGUGCUUAGAUACGAAUUGGAGAAUCCACCGAGCAAAAUAAAAUAUAUCAUGCGAAUGGGAGCAGGUAGAGUCGGUUGAUAAAUGUAGCUCUUAUAUAACCGAUAUCUCAAAUUAAUCACGUUUGCAGACUGAUUUAUCAACAUUCGAACAUCUCAACGACGUAGAUUUGAUCGCUUGUAAUUUAAAUACAGUAUAAUGACUGAUACGUAAUCUAUGUACUUACCACACUUAAUCAAUGUGGUACAUCAUUUAAUCCGUAUGUUAAAUCGAUGUACACACACAUUACAGAUUAAUCGAAGUAAAUCGAAAUAAAGGAGGAAAUAAAGGAGAAAUAAUGGAAUUACGGAGGCAUCAAACUGUAUUAGACCUUAGAGCAAUGUUAUUCGCAGAUAUUCGAGAUAUAAUAUUAAAGUUGCUAAUGUUGUCGUGAAAAAAGCGUGAUUCUUUUUGCGAGGAAAAAUAAAAAUACGUUGAAU